UCCUUAUAGGUAUAACGGCCUUACUAGGUCUCUGAAGGACAAAAGAAUGAAACAAAAGUUGUUUUUCUGGCCACUUCUGCACCCCUCAUCAAUGCCAAGCAAAGAGAGGAAGUACUCUUUAACGAUGACAAACAAAAGACAGAUGGGAGACCCAAUCCAGUUAAAAGAUGAAGGAAACACACAUUUCCAAGCAGGGGAGAUUGACAAGGCUAUUGAGUGUUACACGAAAGCCAUCAAAAUGUGUCAGGACAAGAAGGUGCUGGCUGUCAUUCACAGAAACAGAUCUGCUUGCUAUCUAAAAAAGGAAAAUUAUUCCAGUGCGGCCUCUGAUGCAUCCAAAGCUAUUGAUGUUGAUGCAGCCGAUAUCAAAGCCUUAUACAGGCGUUGCCAAGCUCUGGAGAAGCUUGGAAAACUGGACAUGGCCUUCAAAGACGUACAGAGAUGUGCAACCAUUGAACCCAAGAAUAAGACCUUCCUGGAGACUCUCCGCAGGCUGGGGGCUGAAAUCCAGGCUAAGCUCAAGACAACAUUCUCCACAGAUUCAAGGGUACAGAACAUGUUUGAUAUUCUCCUUGAUGAAGAAAUGGAAAAGGACAAGAAGGAAAAGGCUGCCAACAACCUGAUUGUACUGUCCAGAGAGGAUGCUGGAGCAGAGAGGAUCUUCCAGAACAAUGGUGUGCCUCUGCUUCUCAACAUGAUUGAGAUGGGCAAACCAGAGAUGAUCCUAGCCGCUAUUCGUACUCUUUCAGGAAUGUGCACAGGACACAAAGCUCGGACAAUGGCCAUCAUUCACAUGGUGGGCACUGAUAAAUUGUGCAGCAUUAUGGCGCUUGACAACGAGGAGAUUGCAAUGGCAACGUGCAACCUCUUCCAGUGCAUCAACGACUCCCUCACAGGCGGGGAUAAAAGAGAAUAUGGAAAGGAAGAGGCCUUGGUUUUAGAUGCCUCCAAAGACCUGAAGACCAUUCUUUUGUCUCUGCUGGAAAUGGUUGGCAGUAAAAAAGUAUCUGGCCAUGGCAGAGACCAGGCAUUGAACCUCCUGAGCAAAAACGUUCCUCGCAAAAUAAGGAAAGACCCUGACAACUCCCGAACUCUCUUCACCAUUGACCACGGUCUGAAGAAAAUCCUCAAGGUGUGCGGUCAGGUUCCUGAACUUCCUGACCAGUUGCCCAUGACUGAAAACACACAAUUGAUUGCCAGCGUGCUCCUCAACCGCCUCUAUGAUGACCUCACAUGUGACCCAGAAAGAAACAACUUCAGAGAUGUUUGUGAUGAAUACAUCAAAUCCAAAAUUGACCCGAACGACAUGGACAGAACAAUUCACGCCAUCAACGUGAUCUCAGGACUGCUGCAAGGUCCAUUUGAUGUUGGUAAUGCCUUGGUGGGAAGGCAAGGCAUCAUGGAGAUGAUGGUGGCGCUGUGCGGCUCAGAACGGGAGGUGGACCAGAUGGUUGCAGUGGAGGCACUUAUCCAUGCCUCCACAAAGAUGAGCCGCGCCAGCUUCAUCAUCACCAAUGGUGUGUCACUGCUUAAGGACAUCUACAAAAAGACCAAAAAUGAGAAGAUUAAAAUACGCUCGCUGGUGGGUCUCUGCAAACUGGGCUCAGCGGGAGGUGAUGAUUAUAGUUUGCGACAGUUUGCUGAGGGCUCCACUGAGAAGUUGGCCAAACAGUGUAGAAAGUGGCUUUGCAAUCCUCAGAUCGAUUCCAAAACAAGAAAGUGGGCUAUUGAGGGUCUGGCAUACUUGACUAAUGACGCUGAUGUCAAAGAUGACUUUGUUGAGGAUGAGCAGGCACUCAAAGCCAUGUUUGAACUGGCCAAGUCUAAAGACAAGACCAUCAUAUAUGCAGUGACCUGCACUUUGGUAAACUGUACCAACACCUAUGAGAAGAAAGAGAUCAUCCCUGAGCUGGUACAGCUGGCAAAGUUCUCAAAGCAGCAUGUGCCUGAGCAGCAUCCUAAGGACAAGAAGGACUUCAUUGAGAAGAGAGUGAAAAGACUGCUGAAAGCCGGAGUGACAUCCGCUCUUGCUGUCAUGGUCAAAGCAGACAACUCCAUCUUGACGGACCAGACCAAGGAAAUGCUUGCAAGGGUUUUCUUGGCAUUGUCAGAGGAUCCCAAAGAUCGUGGUACUUUAGUUGCCCAAGGUGGGGGAAAGGCUUUGAUACCGUUGGCACUGGAAGGAACAGAGGCAGGAAAAGUAAAGGCCUGUCAUGCCCUUGCCAAAAUUGCAGCCAUUUCAAACCCAGAGAUCGCCUUCCCUGGUGAAAGGGUGUAUGAGGUGGUGAGGCCUUUAGUCAGCCUCCUUCACACAGACAGAGAAGGAAUGCAGAACUUUGAGGCUCUAAGAGGCCUCACCAACUUUGCCGGUUUCAGUGAAAAACUAAGGGUAAAGAUUGUAAAAGAGAAUGCUCUGCCUGAUAUCGAGAACUAUAUGUUUGAAGAACAUGAGCAGAUCAGACAGGCUGCCACUGAAUGCAUGUGCAACCUUGUGACGUGUAAAGAGGUCCAAGAGCGCUACCUGGAGGAGGGUAAUGAUAAGCUGAAGCUGCUGCUACUACUAUGUGGAGAGGAUGAUGACAAGCUUCAGAUUGCUGCAGCUGGAGCACUGGCCAUGCUUACUGCUGUUCAGAAGAAGCUGUGCACCAAGCUGACCCUUGUGAGCGCCCAGUGGCUUGAGAUCCUACAGAGAUUGUGUCUACACACCAACCCAAUGAUCCAGCACCGCGGUCUCGUGACGGUGUACAACAUGCUCAACUCGGAUGACAGCGAGCUGGCCAAGAAACUGAUCGAGAGUGAGCUGUUGGAAAUCAUGACAGUGAUUGGAAAGGCAGAGGACAACCCCAAAAGGCAGGAACCUAUCGAUGUAGCGCGUACAUGCUUGGUUAAAGCUAUGGAACUGGGUCUCAUCAAACCCUUCUCCAGCCCAUCUUAAACACAAUAGCAACCGACAUUUUUACUUUCCUUUAUUACUUGAUUCCAACAGAAAUUAGUAAUUAUCCAUUGAUCCAUUGUCUAUACCGCUUGUCGAAGGUAUAGAUGCAGGUAUGCUGUCCCAGCUGUCUUUUGGGCGAGAGGCAGGAUACACCCUGGACUGGUCGCCAGCCAAUCACAGGGCACAUAUAGACAAACAACCAUUCACACUCAAGUUCAUACCUAUGGACAAUUUGGAGUCACCAAUUAACUAGCAUGCAUGUUUUUGGAAUGUGUACCCAGAGAAAACACACAUACACACGGAGAGAACAUGCAAUCUCCAAACAAAGAAUCGAACCCAAGUCUUUCUGAUCUCCUGACUGUGUGGCCUAUAUUCUAACCACUCAUUCACCGUGCUCCAUUAAGUUAUUAUCAUUCAUUCAUUCAUUUUCUACCGCUUUUCCUCACGAGGGUCGCGGGGGUGCUGGAGCCUAUCCCAGCUGUCUUCGGGCGAGAGGCGGGGUACACCCUGGACUGGUCGCCAGCCAAUCACAGGGCACAUGUAGACAAACAAGUUAUUAUCAAUCUUCCAAAAAUAUGUACAAUAUUAUCAACAGAGCCCUACUAUCUUUUAAACUUUUAGAUAAUUAAACAAAUAUAUGAUGGAUGGGAUGGGGUACAUGUAGUGAGCACCUGCAUGAUCUAAAAUUAGAUGAGAUAGAAAUUUGCUUUUUGGGAACGUUUUCCCAUCGUGAAGUAUCCAAAUGUAAUUUCUGGAUUAAUUUAUGUUUUUACAGUUUGCAUGUUUUAGUUUGCCUUUGAAUAUUCAUCCAGGUCAUUUGUAUUCUCAGGGUACUCAAUAGAUAGUAGGUGGUCUUGGGUGACGUUUCACCGACAUCAGUUCAUGCUCACGACUAGAUAGGACAGCUCCAAAGGCAAAAUGUCUUUUGAGACAACCUGAAAAGUUCACUUGCUAUCAAUUCAAUGUCCUGAGAAUAUGUUAGUUUACAUCACAUUCUUAUGAAUCAAUGAAUUUAAGGCUACAAUUUUGUGUUUUUUUAUCUGCUGUUUUUCU